GCUCAUGGAGAGCGACCAGAAGGGUCCGAUCAACCUCGGCAACCCGCACGAGAUCACCAUCAUGGAGCUUGCGACGACCAUCAUCCGUCUCGCGGGCUCGACGUCGACGCUUGUGUGCAUGGCGUCGCCCAACGACGACCCAAAGCGCCGCAAGCCCGACAUUGCAUUGGCCAAAGAGCACCUCAAGUGGGAGCCGACGGUCGAACUCGAGGCGGGCUUGAUGCAGACGAUCGAGUAUUUCCGCGGCUUGGACAUGCGCUUCUACCGCAAGCCGACGCCCCACACUGCGCACCAGAGCAGCGAGAUGGACCAGGCGCUGUAACUCUGCACAAGACAAC